AAUAAUCUGGGAGGAGAGAGUAAUAUAAAUACCAAACGCAGCCAAACUACUGCCAAAUUGUAAGUGUAAACAAUAAAUUAAAUACGAUGAGAGCAGUGAGAAGGCUUUAUUCUGUCACGCACAGACUCGUAUCCCUUUUCUUCUCCGCCUACCUCCCACUAGCUCUCAAGAUCUUUUUACUCGCCUUAAUCGUCCUUUUCACCGCCGGCGAACGCGCAACCGCCGCCCACACCUUCAGCGCCGCCAUCAAGGAGCGGACUUCCCGGUUUGUCUACACCAAUCACAACAAUAAAAACAAGGUCAAGCGGUUCUUUUCCCGCGGCCGGGGCAGUUCUACCCCGGCCCAGCAGCCCCGACCGCCGCCGGAGUGUGCGAUCUGCUUGGAGGAUUUCGUGGAGGGAGAGGCGGGGACGGAGCUGGAGAGGUGCGGGCACAAGUUCCACGCGAGCUGCGUCGGGAGGUGGCUGCUGCGGUGCGGGAAUUGGCGCGUGAGCUGCCCGCUCUGCCGCGUCCCGGUGGUGUGCGAACACGUCGCCGCCGUCAUGGAAGAGCGUCAGAGGCUAGAGAAGAGGGAAGGACCCGGCUGCCGGCGGCGCGUGGUUAGUACGGCCAUGGAGGGAGAGUUGUGCCUUCUGUUGCUUCCAGGCUUGAAUUUUCAGUCAUUCCAUUAUAUUGUUGGACAGAUUAAUAAUUCUAGUCUAGUAUAGUAUAGAAUCUUUAGUUUAUUAAAAAGAUUAUUUAACAAUAAUAAUGUUUAAUGGUAGUAUUUUACUUUUCGUCCCAUAAACUCCUUUUUUUCUUUGUCCCUCAAAGUCUUUUCCAUUGUUAUUAAAAAAAUUACUUUUAGUUCUUUAAUUUUUAUCCUAUCUAUCACAUCUAUCUUUUUACUAAUAAUCUACUCAUUACAUC